CUGCUCUGUUUUCAAUCCAACCAAUCGAAGCGAAAUCCGAAAUCAGCAAAGGACGUCAAGUUCGAAAUGGGAAAGGUUCACGGAUCUUUGGCUCGUGCCGGUAAAGUGAGAGGCCAAACUCCUAAGGUAGCCAAGCAAGACAAGAAGAAGCAGCCUCGCGGUCGUGCUCACAAGCGUAUUCAGUACAACCGCCGUUUUGUCACCGCCGUUGUUGGUUUUGGAAAGAAGAGGGGACCAAACUCAUCAGAGAAGUAAGCUGAGGAAAUGUGUAAUUUUGUAAGCUUAGUUUUAAUGGAAUUGAUUUUAGGUUUCCAUCAUGUUAUUUAGACAAUGUUCAUUAUGCCCAUAACACCUUUUCUACUAUAAUCUGAAAUUCCUUUCAAGGGUAUUUUUAAGUUUGAUAUUUGA